AUGAAAAGACAAGUAGAACAGAUUGAUGCUCACACCCAUUCCGAUGAUGAUGAUAAUAGUGAUUCUGAUCAUGAUGGCAAUAUUAACGGAUCAUCAUCAAAUAAGAAAAGAAAAUCACUCGGAAGGCUAAUAUCUGUAUUUUCCAAGGAUUUAUGUUUUAAUAUUUGCGAAUAUUUGGAUAGUCAGUUUGUAUUAUCGGUGGCUCGUUUAAUUUCUGUGGAUUGGUGGCAUGCUUCUGAACUCUUGGAUUAUUCGUUGGAAUUUGUUGAAAUUACUGCAAGUAAUGAUGAAGGUAAAGAGUAUUUAGAAUCAAUUUUUGAAAGUCAAGUAUUGAAGGAUAGAUUGAAAUGUUUAACAUUCUCUAGAUGCUGUUUAGGAGAUGGAAUUGAGGUUUUCAGGGAACUGAAAGAGUCCAAUACAGACAUUUCCUUAUUUCCCAACUUGACCAGUCUUGAUUUGAGUUCCAAUCAUUUAUCAGAUGAAAAUAUUUGUGAAUUUUGUGGACUAAUUGAUGAGAAAUUCAUGUGCAAUUUGAUUGAAUUGAACUUGGAAUUCAAUUCAAGUAUUGAAAACCUUUAUCCGAUAGCUAAUAAUGAAAUUUUGAGAAAAAAUAUGAAAACAAUCAAAUUGAAUGGUAUUAGAGAUCCUUGCAAGGCUAUUUCUAGAAUGGAAAGUUUAACUUGUCUUCAGAUGAAACAUUGUAAUAUUGAGGAAGGUAGUUUUAAACAACUUCUCCAAAACGAAAAUAUGAAAAAUUUAUCCAAGCUGUAUAUUUCUGACGUUUGUGACGUAUCAAUAAUGGAAGAAUUGGCAAAUUGUCAACAUAUUUCUAACAUUGUGGAAUUAAUUACACAUUCUUGUUAUGUUGAUAUGAGUGGAAAUUAUUUCAAGCAUCCCAAGUUUUCUAAUUUGAAAAUAUUAGAGUUUGAGGGAGCAACAGUUAUCAAUAUAGAUCAGUUGCACCAAUUGAGUAAACUAGAGACUUUAGCAAUGCCUGAUAGUGGACUAACUGAUCUAGAAAUACAGAUUUUAUGUGGAGGAGAAUUUGGAAAGACAUUGAAAAGGCUGGAUAUUUCAUAUAACGAAAAACUUACAGAUCACUCUAUAGAUCUAAUUACAUCCUCAUUUACCAAAUUAUCAUCUUUGCUGUUAUAUGGAGUUGAUAAUCUCUCAAUAGAGUCUACAAAAUACAUUACCAAUAGAUUGAACAAUCUUACAGAGCUAGAGUUGGCGGGCCGAGACCAAUCUAUGAGCUAUCAGUAUUUUAAUUGUUCCAAUAUGAAAAAUCUCAAAAUCCUAAAGCUGUUUUCCCACCAAAUGGGUGAUAUUGGAUUGGGUACACUUAUCAAAAGCCCAUUCUUGUCCAAUUUGGAGCAUUUAUGGUUGCGCCAUUGUAAUAUCGCUAACGAGUUUUCUAUUUUGCUUGCUUCAAAGGAAAGUCAACUAAAAAAGUUAAGAGUUUUGGAUUUGACUGAAAACCCAGACCUCGUUUUUAGUGAUACAUCUCUUGGUAAAGAAUGGAUUCAAGAUGAAGAAGAGGAAGAGGAAGAAGACAUGACCAUUAAGUACAUCAUCAGAAGAAAUAUUCCAAGUUUGGAAAGAUUGCAUUCAAAUUAAUUUACUAUUUCCUUAUCUCAUUACAAUGUGUCUUUGGAACCAAAAUUUCUAACAAAUGAUUUCGAACUUGUUGGCUAUAAAACAUGUAAAUAUUGUAUGG